UGGCCGUGGCCCUGGGCAUCGCACCGGCAGGCCCAGCGAUGCGAUGCGAUGCAACAUGCUUGUCCCCGAGAUCGCAGCGCUGGUGCCCCUACAGUCGAGUAGAUAUCCGGUGCAGUCGGCGGUACGGGGGGAUGCGCCGCCGAUUGGCAGGCCCACAAUGGCUCGCUUGGAUCAGGACAGCAGCUCCAAACCUCGUCGCUCAGCGCUCGUGUGGUCCUUGCGUCUCUGUCCUGCUGGCCCCUGCCAUCUGCCGCCCCCUCCAGCUUCGACUCUGAAUCGGAUUCCUGGUCAUGUCUCUCGCCACUCCUGAGCGGCCCUCGCACGCCGAGCCGCACGACGACGAGGCCGACGAUAUGAUGGUCAGCCAUGGGCUGCUGGUGCUUUCGCCCGAGCUAGACCAGAGCAUAUCGACGAUUGUGCAGUCCAAGGAUCCUUUGGACCACAGCGAGUUCAAUCCCGUGUCGUACAUCAACGAGCUCUUCCCAAACGAGCAAGCCCUCUCCUCAAUCGAUGAUGUACUCAAGCGGCUGCGUUCCAAGACCAAGAAGCUCGACAGGGAGAUCAAGGAGCUGCUGCAUUCGCAAGUCAAUGACAAUCAGACUCGAGUGGACCUGGAGGAGACCAAGCAGGCGAUUAUGACCCUGUACGAUAGAAUCAAAAAGAUCAAGGAGAAGGCCGCAUCCUCUGAAAAGACCGUCCACGAGAUUACCAAGGACAUCAAGUCGCUCGACCAGGCCAAGCAGAACAUCACAUUCUCGAUUACCGUUCUGCGGAGAUUGCAGAUGCUGGUCAGCACAAUCGAUCAGCUUAGGGUGAUGAUUCUGAAGAAGCGCUACGCUGAAGCAGCCCAGCUCCUGCAGGUCAUGCUGCAGCUCCUGGAGCACUUCAGAGGGUACAAAAGCAUUGGGCAAAUCCUCUCGCUCUACGACAUCAUCAAUCAGCUGCAGAUCGAUCUCCGGAGACAGAUCGUCAAUGACUUUGAGUCAGCCUUUGUCGGCGGCGCGCUGCGAACCAUGAAAGUCACCCUGAAUGAUGCCUGUCUUGUGCUGGAUGUGCUCGAGGGUGAUGCCAGGAAGCAGAUAAUCGACUGGUACUGCGAGCUGCAACUCAAGGACUAUCGUGCCAUCUUCAAGGCCAAUCCCGAGGUUGGAUCGCUCGACAAUGUGUCACGCCGAUAUGCGUGGCUUAAGCGACUGCUGAAGACAUACGACGAAGAACAUAGCUCGGUUUUCAUACCCGCGUGGAAGGUUGCCGAGACUCUGUCGCUAAAGUUUUGCCAGGAGACCAAAAAACAGCUCUCGGAUGUACUGCUGCGAGCCGAUGCCGUCUCUGAUGUCAAGAUCCUGCUUUCUGCCAUCCAUGUCACCAUCGAUUUUGAGGCCAAGCUUGAGAAGCGAUUCAGCGGCUCGAUCGAGGAUACACUGCAGGCCAUGAUGGAUGACAGCGAGACUCUGCAAUCGACGGCCGCGAGCCCAUUCUACAAGGCUAUAUCGCUGUGUUUUGAACCGUACCUAAAGCACUACAUUGACUACGAGGAUGCUAAUCUGCGAGGAAUGAUGGAGGGAUACAAAUCAAGCGACCUCUCCAGCGAAGAAGACACUGUUCUUGCGUCCAGCACCGAUCUGUUCUACUAUUACAGGCAGACGCUUGUGCAAUGCUCAAAGUACUCUGUGCGGAAGCCGUUCCUCGAUCUCGCGCGGCUUUUUUCCAAAUAUCUGCGCAUCUAUGCAGACUACUUGACUGCGAAGAUGCAGAGGGACGAGAAGAAGGUGCUUACAAACGAAGAUAUCCGAAUCAUCGCCACUAUAAUCAACACGGCGGACUAUUGCUCCUCAACCACAUCACAACUCGAGGAGAAGUUGGUUGAGAAAAUCGAUGACGAGUUCAAAACGAUGAUCAGCAUGAGCGGCGAGAGCGACGCCUUUGUGACCGUAACGGGGACAGCAAUGAGGAUCCUCAUCCGCGGAUUCGAAAACAGCAUCGAGCCAGCUCUCGUCGCAAUGUCGAAGCGCAAUUGGGGUACGCUCGAAUCUGUGGGCGAUCAGAGCGAAUACGUCACACAGAUCGGCAACGUUCUCUCGGCCAGCGCCGCGGUCCUGAGGAGCUCCCUCUCUGGGCAGAAGUACUUUCGCACCUUCUGCGACAAGUUUUCAGACUCGUUGCUGCAAAAGUUCAAUAACAACAUCUUCAAGUGCAAGCCCAUCAACGAAGUGGGAGCAGAACAGAUGCUCUUGGAUACGUAUGCGCUGAAAACGAUUCUUCUCCACAUUGCAACCAUUGGAAAUGACCCCGAUGUGCAGCCCCCUGCAACAUACAUCAAGCUCCUCGGAAAGGGCGUUUCGAAGGUCGAGCAGCUCCUAAAGGUGGUGCUGAGUUCGCACGAGCCCAUGGAGGGCCUGGUCGAGACCUAUCUCUUGCUCUUUGGCGACUACAACGUGGGCAACUUCCAGAAGGUCUUGGAGCUCAAGGGCCUCAAGCGAGCCGAGCAGCAAAGCAUUGUCGAGUAUUUCCAGACCCGCAUCCCGGUCGGCUCGGCCCAGACUAUGUCGACGAUCGGCGUGGCGUCCGCCAACUCGCCCAAUCCGUUCCAGAUGAACGCCGGUGCGGCAGGCAAAAACAUCAAGGAGGGCUUUGAGAAGCUGGUUGCCGGCAUCAACAUCACCAAGCGGAGUUGAUGGGCACUCUCUGGUGCAUGCGGUGCGGAAGCAUGCCGCUGUGAUGUGCGAGGCGCAAA